ACCGACGAGAUCUCGCACCGCAGCAGACGCUUCGGUGAUUUGAUUCAUGGCUUGUUCUUCGGAAGCAGUGCUGACGCUCUGAAUAACUUCAUAUACGUUUAUUCAGCACCACUGACAUGAGAACAAACUCAUCUGAGAAUCAGAAUGUUCUUGUAAACUGACAUGGACAUUACACUCAACGACAGAAGCAGACGUUUGAAACGUAGGAGGAGCGGUUGGAAGAAAAGUGACCUGUGAAAUGCGAGUGACCAUCUGAAAACACGUGGAGCUUCUAGAACAUCAAGUGUGUGUUUUGUUCAGGAUCGGACUGCUCGUUAUGAAAAAUAAAGCUCAUUAAAAACUGGACAGAAAGAGGAACCAAAUGUGAGGAAUUACAGCCGACGUUUAAAAGAGGGAAACGUGAAGGAAAGUUUUUGCAGAAGCGCGUGUGUUGAAUCGCUCUUUGUGUCUGUGCGAGGAUGACUGAUCUCUAGACAGCAGGACGACUGACAGAUGAUACACACAUAAUACCAGUGACAACAACACAACUAGAUAGCAGUUGUUCCUGAUGAUCUCAGAAAGGCCGACACUAACAUUAGCUGUUUUGGCCGACAUUAGUACCAAACGCAGAAAGACUCGUAGCAGAUUCCUGGCCGUGAAAGAUCUAAAGUUUUAACAGUGAAUCCUCUUCCGCUCCUGAUCCCAUGAUAAUCAGUGUUUGUGGUUUAGUUGGGACAUGCACCUGUCUGAGUGUUUUUCUUGCUCCUCAGACGAGCGGUCAUGUCCACUGCAUUAGCUAGUUGAGUUCUGUUCACUCUUAUUCAAUGAGUCUUUCAGCAGUGAAUGUGUUUUUCGGUCACUGAACUGGAGUGACUCUGGAUUCAGCUGCAGUGUGAAUGCGAAUCUUAAAUCCCUGUAUACUCGCAGCACAUUUACAGCAUCCCAAGAGCACAUCUACAUUACACACUCGCUGCGGACCAGUGGAAGUUUGACAGUGUGUACAAGCUGAGUGAACUUUUCUGGAACCUUUCUGGUCUGGCAAGAGUUUGUUUCAGGAGUUUGAAACGGCUUACCAAGCCAAACGUUCCGGAAAACCUUGCUCUGACCAGCAAACACAAAAGACCAAACAGAAAUCUGCAGACCUCCCCAUGAGGAGCAAUGAGAAGAAGCUGAGAACGUCAGGAGCGAUCAUCAGUCUCAGAUCAUGAUGGAGAAGAACGAGCCGUCCAUCUCUCCGUCCUCUCCGUCUGUCCUCCAGCCCGUCAGUCCAGCUCGCUCCAGUUCCCCUGAUGCUAACGCGGCUCGAGAUGCAGAGAGCCGUACGGAUGCAGUCAAACCCGAGGCCAGCGCAGCCGAGACAGACCCCCGCCGGAGCCCCCCCGCCGCCUCCGCCUCCUCCCCGCCGGCCCUCCCGCCCAACAUCCCGGUCAUCAGCCUGGCUCACAGCAAACCACCGCUGCCUGCACUCUCCAUGCUGACCGGCCUGCGCCCCGCGGAGCUGCGCCUGUCCCUGCUGCCUCCACCCUUCCUGCAGACGCACCCCUUCAUCAGCAGCUCUUUCCUCGGACCAUCGGGAAGCUUUGGGAUCUUCGGUAACGCUCGUGUGAAGAGACGCCCGUCCACACACUUCGAACUGGAGCUCAAUGACGGUCCUCCUCAGAAAAUGGCUCGGCGCGUCUUCACUAACAGCCGCGAGCGCUGGCGGCAGCAGAACGUGAACGGUGCUUUCUCCGAGCUCCGCAAACUCAUCCCGACACACCCGCCCGACAAGAAGCUCAGCAAGAACGAGAUCCUGCGCCUCGCCAUGAAGUACAUCGACUUCCUGGUGCAGCUGCUGAAGGACCAGAGCAGCGGUCAGUGUGAAGACGCGGCGGAGGACGGGAAGAAGGACGGGAGCGAGGCUUUGGGGAACAGCGUCUCUCGUGAGAACAGAGACUCCACGGACUCCGUGACGGUGCUGACGGCCUCCUCGGGCUCCAGCUGUUACGGAGACACGGACAGCGAGGAGAGCUCGGGGACCUGCGGCAUCCAGACCAAACACAGCCGAGGCAUCACGGAGAAGGUCCAGGAACAGAUAUUGACGGUCACAGCGAGCAGCUACCAGCGGUGACCAGCGCUAACCACCUCAAAGUGACACGCUGAGGAACGUUCAACCAGGGUUGCCAGGUUUUCACAACAAAACCCACCCAAUUGCUACUCAAAAAUCGCGUUCUGGGGGUAAAAAACACGUUUUAUUGCGGGGUUCCCCUGGUAAAAUUCCCAUCUUAGGGGCUAAAUAUCACGUUAUUGGACAUAAAAACAACCCACGGAAACAGUGUUAGAGUAGCCCAGAUCUGCGGGAAAACCGUGGACUUGGCAACACUGUGUUCAACCCUCGACGCAUAGAAACUGUGGAGUGACGGCGAUUCGUGUUUGGUGUCUCGUGAUCCUUCACGUCUGCUACUUCUCCAUUUAGUUUCCUAACUGCAAAAAAAGCCUUCUCUUAGUGUUUUUGUCUUGUUUCUAGUCAAAAUAUCUAAAAAUUCUUAAAUCAAGAUGCAUUUACUAGAUAAGCUAAAUUAAUUGCAUUAUUUUAUUUAUCCCACUGGCAGAUAAUUGUACUUAUUUUAAGCAAAAUGCACUUCAUUUAUAAAUUUUUUUCUCUUGGAAACAAGGCUAAAUAUCUUGCGUCAUCUUAUCUAGUAAAUGCAUCUUGAUUUAAGAAUUUGUAGUUAUUUUGACUAGAACAAGACAAAAAUACCAAGUAAGCUAAGCCUUUUGUUUGCAGUGAUUUGACUGAUAUUUGAAGGAGCUCGUCAGGGAACAACGAGUCUGUGGGUUCCUGGUGUGAUCGUGGGUACCGCAAACUUCACAUCUGUGACGGUCUGACUGGAUUAUUUAAUAAUGUGUUGAUCUUCUGAGAGCAUCAUGACUCUGUCUUCUGUCCUGCGGCGUCUUCAGGAGGAUUAUAGAGGAUCUUUGUUAGCUCCGUCUGAGCUAGUAAAUGUUUGGACGAUGUGAAGCUGUAAUUAUGUGGCUUGCGUUCAACUGAUUUUGUUCUGAAUAAAUUAAACAUGAUAGUUUGA